UUGGAUUCUAUCUUCUUUGCUCAUAGCAUUGAACAUUUCCCUAAAGAGUUCGUGUCAGACCUCAAGAAUUUGCUCAUUCAUAAAGAAGAAGGGAUGCUAUCGCCUUUUCGCGAGGAAAGUGGGGAUGAGGAACUUUCAGUUCUUCCCAGGCACACCAAGGUCAUUGUCACUGGAAACAAUAGAACAAAGUCUGUCUUGGUGGGUCUGCAAGGUGUGGUCAAGAAAGCUGUUGGACUUGGGGGUUGGCACUGGCUGGUUCUGAAAAAUGGGGUUGAAGUUAAGCUGCAAAGGAAUGCAUUGAGUGUGCUGGAACAUCCUACAGGGAAUGAAGAUGAUUCUGAUCAUGAUUACUCUAGCAGCAGCUCUGACCAUGGUGACAAGGAGAAUGAUUUCUCUAGAUGUCUUGAGUUUCACAAAUCUAGUAAACCAAGAGUUCGAUAUCCAAGGCCAUAUGUUCCAUCCACAUUAACCAAGUCAAUAAAUCGCGGAAGUUAUAGAGAAGUUCAAUCCAUCCACAGACCUCAACCGAGGGUAAACUUGGCAAAACUAGGAACAAGCACAUUGCGGAGGUAUUGCAGACACUUCAACCUUUUAACCAGCAAUUCUAAUCCAACAAGAGAACAAUUGAUCAAUGUUGCACAACGACAUUUUACAUCGCAGCAGAUGCCAUUGGAUGAAGUAUCGGUGGUCACUGAAUUCGUCGAUGCUACCAGGAAUCGGAAAUAUGCUGAAUGGGCUGGAAAACGUGCAGAGCGAGAGAUGUGAAUGUUGAAAGGAAGGAAUGCUUGUAUAAUAAUAUACAUAUAUAUAUAUAUAUAUAUCUACCCUAACCUUUAGAUCAGAUCUAAUCAUAGACUGAUGUGGAGAGUGUUUGGCUUACUAUAAUCUCUCCCUCCAACCCUAACUUUGUACUACAGUGCUCAUGCCUUACCCAUGCUAUAUAUCAUUAAUCAUUAGAUAUCUCCUCUUUUCUAUC